AUGCAUGAAGCGAUCUGGAAGCUCCUCUUCAAGUCUCAGAAGUCGUGGCCGGAGACAUCUGAGGAUAUCGGCCUCGACUGCAAUCAUCCGGCCACCCCGGCGCCAGCGAAGAAGGACAAGAAGAAGAAGGGCAAGAAGGCCGAAGGUGGCCUCCACCCUAAAGGUACUUUGGACGCUAUGUCCGGAGGGACCGAGGCUCCCUCCUCCCAUGAGGAGGACGAGGAUGAAGAUGAAGAGGAGGAGGAAGAAGAUAACCCUCCUCUCAAGGGGAGGAAGAGGGCCUCCGAAGACCUGGAGGCGGAGGCAUCCAAGAGGGGAAAGAUAUCCCUGACGGAUGGCUCGGAUUCGGAUGCCGAAGCCAUCCCCAAACACAGCCCCAGGGUCAAGCCCCUAGCCGAAUCGUAA